AACCCUAACCCUAACCCUAACCCUAACCCUAACCCUAACCCUAACCCUAACCCUAACCCUAACCCUAACCCUAACCCUAACCCUAACCCUAACCCUAACCCUAACCCUAACCCUAACCCUAACCCUAACCCUAACCCUAACCCUAACCCUAACCCUAACCCUAACCCUAACCCUAACCCUAACCCUAACCCUAACCCUAACCCUAACCCUAACCCUAACCCUAACCCUAACCCUAACCCUAACCCUAACCCUAACCCUAACCCUAACCCUAACCCUAACCCUAACCCUAACCCUAACCCUAACCCUAACCCUAACCCUAACCCUAACCCUAACCCUAACCCUCCACCUCUCUUCACCUCUUUCUUCCUAA